AUGCCUUUCAACCCCGAUCUGACCUCAAUGUUGAGCGACCCCUUGGGCAACUCCAACCCCGAAGACUCUUCAUGCUCCUUCCUCAACACGCCGAUCAUCCGCACAGCAUCGCAUUGCGGCCACAUACUCCAUCCAUCCACCACCCAAGGCUACGGUCUCUGCCCUGCCUGCCACACAGACCAACAGCUCGCACAGCUCCACACAACAGCCAAAUACCUCAACAGCAAGGAGAAACCAGAUCCGCUAGCCGAAGUGUACCUACGCAAUGCAAAUCGCUCAUGUGCGCUGCGAGCGUAUUACGCAGAGCGACUCGCAUUUCAACACCACAUGUCAAGCCUCGAGAUCUUGCUAGAGGAAGAGACGAAGUGGGAAAGAGAGCACCCCACAGCACUCAAAGGUCUUGCAAAUAACAGUGCGAGAGAAGCGUUGAGGAUGGCAUUGGAGAGGACGCCGUUCCUUGAUUGGCAUGCUUCUGAUGACGAUGCACCGAAAUGCACUGGUACGCGGGUGGAACCGAAGAAGAGUGCUAGGUUUGCGGAUGGUGUUGCUGAGCGGCUAAUUCGACAUAAACACUGCUUUGCUAGAUCGCACUGGCGGUAUAUGCCUGGGAGGUGGUGUGCGCCUGAGGGGAAGCCGUGGGUGGAUACGUCGUUUUGGCGGGAGGCGAGGUACGGGAUGCCAGAGUGCGAUCGUGAACUUGACGAAGCGUGGGAAGGUGUUGAGGAAGAGGGGUGCGACGAAGCGUGGGAAGGUGUUGAGGAAGAGGGGUGCGACGAUGACGACCUGCGAUUGCGAGAGAUUGAGGAAGAAGGUAGGCUGGUGCUGGCUUGGCUGGAGAUGGUAGAGCGUAAGGGACGGUCUGAAGGCAGAUACUGA